UCUCGUGUCGUUUCUCUCAGUGUUGAGACGGCAGUGUUGGUAUAUCUCUGUCUGACUGUCGGUAUUUACCUGUCAAGACAGCGAAUAACGUUUUUAGCUGAACGCCGUGGAUUAUUUCUAGUUUCGACUAGCAAACUGCAAAACAUUACCUUGACGGUACAGCCAUGGGUUUGACCGAGUCGGCGUGGAGGGGAGAGGGGGGUUUAAAUUUCUCUUUUCGUCCCAACAGCGUCUUUUGAUUGGAAGUAAACGGUUCAGCAGAGCAGAACUGAGCUGCGUUUCUGUACAAGUUUGACAGAGUUAAAAGUUGUUGUUCAUCAGUGUCAGAACAGCAGAAACCAUUUCACACAGGUUAGUUCGUUUUUGUUAUUUUCAAUUGGAGUUUUUGGUUUUCCUGGAGAGCGGAGGUGGCGAACUGAAAGCGGCUCACCGAGUCGGGACUGACCAGUGGAGUUGGUCCUGAAAAUGGAGGCUGUGAUCGAGAAGGAAUGCAGCGCGCUCGGAGGACUUUUCCAAACUGUUAUCGGAGACAUGAAAAGCAGCUACCCUAUUUGGGAGGACUUUAUCACCAAGGCUGGCAAACUGCAGUCACAGCUCAGAGCGACAGUGGUUGCUGUGGCUGCCUUCCUGGAUGCCUUUCAGAAAGUGGCCGACCUAGCUACCAACUCACGAGGUGGGACCAGAGACAUUGGAUCAGCGCUGACCAGGAUGUGUAUGAGACAUCGCAGCAUAGAGGUUAAACUCAAACAGUUCUCGAUGGGUUUCUUGGAGGGUCUGAUCAACCCACUACAAGAACAGAUGGAGGAGUGGAAAAGAGGUGUAAAUACUUUGGACAAGGACCAUGCUAAAGAGUAUAAAAGAGCCCGGCAGGAAAUUAAGAAGAAGUCCUCUGACACACUGAAACUACAGAAGAAAGCAAAGAAAGCUGAUAAUCUAGGUCGCGGUGAUAUCCAGCCUCAGUUGGACAGCGCCAUGCAGGAUGUCAGUGAUAAAUACAUUCUGCUGGAAGAGACAGAGAAACAGGCCCUGAGGAAGGCUCUGAUAGAGGAGAGACAGAGGUUCUGCUGUUUUGUAGCCAUGCUGCGACCUGUAGUGGAUGAAGAGAUUUCUAUGUUGGGAGAGGUCACUCAUCUCCAGGCCAUCUCUGAUGACCUCAAAGCCCUGACCUCCGACCCACACAAGCUUCCCCCUGCUAGUGAACAGGUGAUCUUGGACCUGAAGGGCUCAGACUAUGGCUGGUCAUAUCAAACUCCGCCCUCAUCCCCAAGCACCACUAUGUCCAGGAAGUCUAGCAUGUGCAGUAGUCUGAACAGCGUUAACAGUAGUGACUCCAGGGGAUCCAGUGGCUCUCACUCUCAUUCUCCUUCCUCCUCUUCUUCCUCCUCUUCCUCACACCACCUCUUCCACCACCAUCACCCCCGCCAUCGGUACCGUAGCUCCACGCUACCGCAGCAGGCCCCAGCUCGGCUCUCUAGCAUCUCCUCCCACGACUCGGGCUUCAUCUCUUCAUCACAAGACCAAUACAUGUCGUCCAAAUCAUCCUCGCCUAUGCCAGCUGAAACAAAGCCUUGUCCCAGUUCCAGCUCCUCUGAGGUGUCAGAGACUGGGCAGCUUCACAGUGACUGCAGCUCCCCCCCUUCUCUAGCUGCUGCUAGUGCACCUCAGCACACUACUGACAAGUUGUCCAAUGGUUUUGACCACUACAGUCCGGCCAGUUCCCCCUACCUGCAUAGCAAUGGGGGGAGUUUGGGCUCAAUGUCAGGCACUGCCUUCCCAUUCCUCCCUACUUCAUCCUCAUCUUCCACCUCCUCCUGCCCCACUCGUUCAUGGUCACGUCCCGCCUCAGCGUUGCUGCCAGACUACCCUCACUACUGCACGAUGAGCUCCCCCAUGGUGCCUUCAUCUCGAGUUCCCAGUUGGAAGGACUGGGCAAAACCAGGGCCUUAUGACCAGCCCAUGGUCAACACACUAAGGAGGAAGAAAGACAAGGAGAGCCCAGCUGUAAUAGACAGUAAUAGUAGUAUGAACAGUGACCCAUCCUCAGGCCCAGCCUCAAUCUUGAUGUCAACACCGGCUCCCGCUGCGCUACAAACACCAAGUUCAUCGGCCUCAGUGGAAGAGAGGAGCAGGCAUGUGGCUUCACCUCUCAAGGCUGGUGAUAUUGAGGCCCACGAGGAACUGGCUCUGGCCUUAUCCAGAGGUCUGGAGCUGGACACCCAGAGGUCCAGUAGAGACUCCAUCCAGUGCUCCAGUGGCUACAGCACGCAGACCAACACACCCUGCUGCUCUGAAGACACUAUACCUUCACAAGUAUCAGAUUAUGACUAUUUCUCAAUGGCUGGAGAUCAGGAGCCUGAGCAGCAGCAGUCUGACUUUGACAAGUCCUCCACCAUCCCCAGAAACAGUGACAUCAGUCAGUCCUACCGACGCAUGUUCCAGACCAAGCGCCCAGCCUCUACAGCCGGCCUGCCCAGCACACAGGCUCCUUACCCCGGCCAGGGGGUCUACCCUGCAGGGCCCUAUCCCCCAACACCUAUCCACACAACUUAUCCAUCUACCCCUCCUGGGGCUUAUCCUCCUACCCCUACAGGCCCGUGUUCAGGUCAGGGAUAUUACUCAGGAUCCAGCCCCCAUAAUGCCUCUGGCUCCUAUUCUACAGGCCAUGGUCCAGUUAUCGUCACCCCAGGGGUUGCUACAAUUCGCCGCACCCCCUCUUCAAAACCUUCCGCUCGCCGUUCAGGCUCCAUUGUAGGUACAGGCCCCAUCCCUAUUCGUACACCUGUCAUCCCAGUAAAAAUCCCAACGGUGCCUGACAUGUCAGGAGCAGUUAAUGGGAGCAGGAGUGCAGAGGAGAUGGGAGGAGGAGGAGAGGGUGGAGAAGAAAGCCCAGAUUCUCCAACAUUCGCAGGAGUGGAGGAUGCUGGCACACUGCCUGUGAUGUCCUGGAGUGGUCAAGCUACGACCAACCCUCCCACCAUCCCCCUACCCAACCAGCUGACCCAGCAGCACCUUCAGAGUGAGACUGGGCUGGAAGGAGGAGGAGAGGAAGCUGGAGAAGGCGGAGAUGGAAACAUGCUGGUGGCCAUACGCAAGGGGGUCAAGCUCAAGAGAACGCUCACCAACGAUCGCUCCGCACCGCGCAUUGCAUGAUGACAUCAUCACAAUAUACAGGCGAGGGUCACAAGAAACAUGUGAUCUCCUGUCAUAGGCGUGUGGCGCCCCCUUCAUUAUAUUUGUAAAUGAGGUUAAAGGCUUUACAAAAAGUGUUGCUGAUAGAAAUGCAAUAUAGAGAAUCAAAAGGCUUCUUAUGCUACUAUGAGAAAUCAUUGGCACCUGUUCUACAUUUCUCAUUCUGUAAAUUUUCAUCUGGGAGAAUCUCUCACUACAGAAGCCAUCCAUAAUGAGAGGAAAAUAUAUAGACAUGUAAGGUGCAAGUUUUCUUUGGUAUUGGCUUAUGAUGCCUCAGAAACUAUGUAAAGAUGGGUUUGUUAAAAUAUGGGUUUGGCCCCAAAGUGGAUCACAGGCCCACUUAAGUUAGAUCCUUGUAUAGUUGAAUAACUGUACGAGCCUGUGCGAGUACAAGGAAAAGACCUAAUUUCUCACAAAGGCCCUCGAAUAAAGGCCUAAGCACUAAAAUGUAUUUGCAAAUCCGAGCCCACAGCUGUGUAAUCUCAGUGUAAAACAUGAGGAUGUUUUUGCUAAUAACAAGAAGGACAGAGCAGCAUUACAGUACAGUGUGUUCAUUUCUUUGAGAAGACAGUAAAGAUGUACUUUGCACAUUUUGCAUCCAGUAUUUGCCCUGAAGCAAUUGGUUGGACAAGGACAACAUGUAUGCCUCUUCUCAGUGUAAAAAACACUGUAUUAUAUGUCUAAACACGUACUGUUGCAGGAGUGCAUUGUACCAUGGAGGGAUAAAUAAGCACUCUUAACUGCAUAGUGGCAGAAAGAGCACAGUAAGUACACCACGGUGUCACAAGAGCAAUAUUCAGGUUCACUAGAAAGUAAUGGCUCCAUUUGGAAACUCCUGGAUUUCAUCAACUGCUCAGAUGAAGAGAUGCCCUGAUAUGAAUGUGCUGUGUUGUCAAAGCUGUCUUCCUCUCACAGUUCAUAAAAUACGUGGGAUGUCCACAGAGCCAACAAGGGCAGGGGUAUGAACAAUUCAGAGACUGACUGCGCUGCACCCGAGCUGCAGGAGACUACAGUGUGACUAAAGCAUCACAAGGUUGAUGAGUUAUGUUUUGUUUUAGUUGUUUUAGUAUUUACACGAUUUGUAAAUAAUUUUGCACGCCUCUGUUGCUGAGGAGUGUGUGGUUGCUUCUUGCUCUCUGUAUCUUUGCUCUAUUUCCAUCUGCUCCACCUGCUUCAAGGUGCCAAAAUGGCUCAGUUUUACAUCUUAAAACAAGAUGUUUAUUGAUGUUUAUAUAAUGAUCAUCACAUCCCAUUGCCUUGGGAUGUGGAUUGGUUUUCUUUUUCCUUAUUUUUUCCAAUAUGAUUCUCAUUUAAUCUGCAGUAUCUACAUGCUGAGCUUUGUAGAACUUCUCAGUGGUUUGUGAUUAUAUAUUAGUCUUAUAUCUUAGCCCCUUAAUUUUUGUAGCAUUUAUUAGCCAUACUGCAGCCUGCGCAUUGAUUGCUCAUAACGUAACUAAUAAUUGUCAAAGUACAGAUGUGCCAUGUCAACGUUAAUUCAAAUCUGUAUAUAUAUAUAUAUAUAUACAUAUAUAUAUAUAUAUAUGUGUGUGUGUGUGUGUAUACACACAUAUUAUUAAACAAUGUUAUUGAGGCAAAAUAUUUUUGAUGUUUUCAAAGUUAUGAGUUUAAAGCUAUUAUUGGUAAUGCCAUACUGUUUUUAUUCUGUCUGGUUGCUGUUAUUGAACUCUGUUCUCUUCGAAACGCAUGUAACAUGCAUGCAUCCUUAUGAUUAAUUAGGGUUUUACGUUUCAUCUCCAACGUUGGUGUUUUGAUUUCUUUUGUAAUAGCAAAAAGUUCAGUUGAAACACAUUUUGUUCCCCUAAGAACUUAGGAAAUCGCAUCAAAAUCUGUUGUAUAAUGAGAAGUACGCCAUUAUAGGUACAUUUUAAUUUUUAAUUUUUUUUUUUUACCUGGACAAUAUGAUUUUCUGAGGCUUUUCCUCAGACUUCAGCAUUGGAAGACAAUUAGUCUCAUUGAGUUAUAGUCUGUGUUUUAAUUUUCUUUUCAGUUCAAGCACUGUGAGACCACGGCUACUACAAGAUGUAUGAAAGUGUAAAUAUUAUUUAGCUGUACAAGUUAGUCCAGGAACUCACACGUUUUUUAAUUUAUUUUCUUUCUCAGUCUUUAAAUCUCUUUUUCUUUCUCAACCUAUCUCUAUUUUUAUACUUAUAUAAAAUAUCGGAGUAAUACAGUCGUUCCCUGUACCCAUGCAUGUGCUAUCUAAUGGUGUGUUGUACAUCAGGUUUUAGCAGCAGUGAAAUGUCCACAACAAUCCAGCUACGAUUCAUUUAAGUCCCUUAUUUCACACAUAUACACACACGUAUAAACUGCAUUUUAAUAAGGGCUGGUUUAAAAGUGAACAGCCGCUACAGAAAAGUUUGUUUUUUUCCUGACCUCCAGGCACCAAGAGAAGUAAUGCAGAGAUUUAAAUCAGUAUUAUGAGUGCAGAUUUUGGGAUGAUGCAGAACUGCAUCAACUUCAGUUUCAGUUCAGUCAAGACAGUACAUUUUUUUUCUGAAUGGUUAUGCCUUAAUCUUUUGUUUUAAAUCUUUUAAAAGAUGUGGGAGUGAUGGAGCUGAGCUGAUUUCAGGAACAAAUGGCACGCUGCCCACAACUUCUGGCCUUCCUUUAUAUGACCCAGAGUUUCCCAGAGAGAUCUUGGCACCUGCCUGAAUUAACCCAUAGUGUGAACAGGGGGAUGCACCACAAACCAUAUUUUGCAUUGAAAACACCCCUUUAUUGUUUAAUAUCAAAAGAGCAAAGAUAAUAUAACUGCUUAGAUAUUUUGGGAAACCCAGCAUUCAGUUCUCAAUAUUGUUGAAGAUGUUAAUAUUUUUGUUUUUGUUUGUUUUUGGCCGUCCACCUGUUUAAAACUUGAUUUGUCGACCUGUAAUUUUCAUAUUUAAAUUGCUAGUAUAAAUAUAUAUAUUAUAUCAGAGCAGCCAAAUGUCACUAUAUCCUAUGAAUAAGACAUUUAUAGUUUGGGGGGGUGAAAGUAGUAGUUUAGUUUUUAGCUUAUUUUUCCCCCACGAGGAGAGUUGACCUCUCUAUCUGUCCGCAUACAGUUCAACAGGCUAUGAUGCAGUUUGUUUCAGGAAGUAAAAGGUUGUUAUUUUUUGUGUAAUGACAGCUUUAGCAAUAUAAUAAAAGUAUAAAUUUUG